CUAUGGGCCCCUGCAAGAUCCUGCACGGGCGCUCGCCCGCCGGAGGGCCCCGACCCCUCGGUCCGCUGCUGCCGGGUCCAUGCUGUGCGCCCGCGCUCUCCGGAGGUCCCCCCAACGUGCCUCUGGGUUCUCAUCGCAAUGAGCAGGGCCUUGCGGGUCUUCAGGUCCAAGCGUUCCACGACUUCAGCCAACAUGGAAGCCGGCUCCUCCACCCAAGCACCCCGCCUGGUCCUUCACCUACGUUUCUUUAGCCGGCGACCUUAGCGCUUGGUCAUUGGGGUCUUCCUCCAGCUUGUCCGGUCGCCUUAAACACCUUCCUAAGCAGGGGCGGGCUGCUUGCUUUCCCUGUCACCAUGCCAGGUCCUUCCCGGCCUGUGUCCCCUAAGGUAGCAGCACCCUGGCCACAGCUUGGUCUUUUUUUUUCAAGUAACUUUAAAGAGACCUUCUCUUUCCCCUCUUAACCAGUCAUUACUAGAAUUCGCAGUGAGCUCCCAGGUCUCUUCCAUCCUAGUGCUCUGCCCUGGGAGAAGCUACGGAAAUACUUGUUGGCCAGAUCUUCCCCACCCACCUCAGUCUUAGUGCCCUCUGGCUUCUCAGUGCUGCUCUCCUCUGCACAACUUCUCUGUCCCUCCCAGCUGACAUAUCACCCGCACCCCUGCCUUUCCCUGUAAUAUGGUCGACCAGCCGCUGCCCUGUUGAGUUCACACGAGGGGAUUCGCGUCUGCCUCUUUCCCACUCUACUGUUCCUUCUGCGGCCUCAAGCUGGCCUCCCUCCUCCCCAGGUCCAGUUUAUUUCCCAUAUUGUGGGUCUUGGCUCCCCAAUGGUCUGAGUUUGAGGGAAAUCGGGACUUUGUGUUCCUGCCAUUGCUUGCUGACCAGGGGCCUCAAGGGUCUCAUGGUGAUUGGAACCAAGUGGACUGUGUGCUUGGGCUUCUGGGCUAGCUUUUUCAGCCUGUCGAUACACCAGGUUGAGUGCAGUUUGAGGAGGAAAGGACCAUAGUUUGCUCUCACUUUUGUAUCUGUGGUUGGAGUUUGGGAUAGAAAAAGUACAUCCACUUUAGAGAAGGUGAGAAGAGGCAGUGUGAAGGAUUAAAAGAUCUAACAAGAAAUUAAAAAUGGCCUCAGACACAAAAUAUGCGUGAGAGUUUGGGAGGACCCGGGACCCAGCUGCUGUGCACACCUUCUCCAGCCUUGGAUAGAGUGUUGAGGACGUUGGGGUACCCUGUAUGGGUGGCUAUAGCUUCUCUUCCAUGUUUUCCCUGGCUAAAGCCCAAGGCCUAGGCAAGUGGGCAGCUGGGAUCAAAUGAGGUCAAGUGUGAAAGUGCUCUGAAAACUGUUAACUAGUGUAUAAUUGCCAGUUGGCAUUGUUACUUGUCAUGGUUUGUCAUGAUGGCUCAGGAGGAGAGCUGGGGUAACUGGCCAGCUGAGAAGAACAAGGUCUUACAGCCCUGUUUUAAGCCUCCGAAUCCCCACCCUAUCACAGGGGGAGAAUGGUUCCCUCCUAGAAAGGGCCAAGUCACUGCUAAUAGGCUGUGUGGUUGCUCCAAACGUUGGGGAGUUUGGGGCCCUGCUUCUGUUAUUAGUGCUAUACUUUGUGCCAAGACACAUUGCUCGGGAUUGGGGCUAAUUUUAGGGGUGAUAGAGUGAGGAGAUAAUGUUCUUAACAUAGUGUAUCCUGUGACAGCCUAUUCUCUUGUGAGUCCUGAACCCCAGAGAACAGGCUCCCUUCCUGUUCCCUCAGGCCAGUUGGUUCCCCAGGACCAGCAUGUAGUGUCCUCUCCCCUUGUCUCCAGCAGGGGGCACCCUUUUUACAGGAAUAAUUCAGAUGCUGGGGGAGUGAGGGGAUACUGAGGCCUGAGGAGGAGAAGAUGGAGUGUGGGAGGGAGCGAGUAGCUGAGAUAGACGGAGUGUGGGAGGUAGGGGGCGAGCUGAAUUGACCUGUGAGAAGUAGACCUCUAGCCUGAGCAAGGAUGUGAUUCCUUGUCCUGGGCCAGCCUCUUAGGUUUUCUUCCUUGGAAAAGGAUCCAAGUGCCUGGCUUUGAGAGUUUGUGAUAGACAUAAGUAAGGCCAUUUUUCUUUUUAACUAUUAUUUUCUCAAGGAUUUCCCUCUUGGCAGGAUUUCAGGUUCCUCUCAUGGGACAGUGUAAUUAGGAAAUAAUUUCCUUGCUAUUCAGAGGAGAGAAUGAGCUAGUGUAGAUUUGGUUUCUCUUGUCUUCUAUUCUUCCCCAUAAACACCAACUAGACUUUACCCAUGCUGGUGGUGCCGAAGAGGGUUUCUCAACACAGCCACUCUUGGGGCUAGCUACUUCUUUAUUGUGGGGUCUGCCCUGUGCACUAUAGGGUGUGUAGUGGCAUCUCCGGCCUCUACCCACUAGAUGCACGUAGCACUCCCCUGUCCAGUUCUGACAGCCCUAAAGCUCUUCAGACAUGGCCAAAAGUCCCCUGGAGAUCAGAGUCGCCCCCACACACACACACACCAGCGUUGGGGAGGGCUGGAAACCAGGCGGGUGGCCUGCCUGCUGCUGCUUCCUUUAGGCUGAAGGAAGGUCAGAUAGCUUCAGGACCAGGGCCCUCUUUAGCCCAGCUCAGAGACUUAACUGGUCUCUCUCCUGCUUUCUCCCUGAGAAGGGUGGAUGGCUUGUGCUUUUCCUUGCCCUCUAUCCCCCUCUCCCUGACUGCCUUUCCCCGGCCUGGUCGAUGUCCCUGCUCCUCGUGCCUCACACAAUGUGAACCAUUUUUCCUCUGCUUGCUCCUUUCAACCAGCAGAGAGAGGUGAAGGCCAGAAGCGGAGGGCCCAGUGGAGAGCGGUCAUCACUCCUGGCAGGGUGGGAGGACUUGGUGUUUUGGAGUUGAUGGGUCCCACAGAGACGUGCCCGCCCAGCCUCCUCCCCAGCCAGUGACAGAAGCCCCCACGCAACUUCAGGACGCUGCCUGCCCUGUGUCCUCUGCUCUGGUACCGCCAGGGAUGAGCCUCCUCCCAAGAGUCUCCUCCAUUGUAUCAUAGAGGAGCAGGUCAUUGCUGCUGCCACCUUUUCUUCUGUCAGUCUCAGCAACUUAGACCGUAUUUGUACUUUAUGGAUCUUUCCUAGAUGUGAAGGUCCCUCCUGGGCACUACUGAAGCCAGACCAAUAUCCAGUGUCUUGGGGACCCUAGUUUGCUUCAGCACCAGCCUUUGCCUAAAAAGAGCCCAGAUCCCACCUUACUACUCCCUAAGGGCAAGGCUUCCAGGUCUUUCCCCAUCUCUGCGCGUCUUUGGUUAACUCAUGGUGUGAGUGGCUGUGUGGCUGGCUUCGGUGUUGGAGUGUGCACACCAGGUCCUCCUUCCUCUGCCCAGUCCUCCCACUCUGGGAACCAGCUCCACUAUGGCAGCAGAGACUCUCAACUUUGGGCCUGAGUGGCUGAGGGCCCUUUCCAGUGGUGGUAGUGUGGCUUCCCCACCUCCCUCCCCUGCCAUGCCCAAGUACAAGCUGGCUGACUACCGCUACGGGCGAGAGGAGAUGCUGGCCCUCUAUAUCAAGGAGAACAAGGUCCCUGAAGAGCUGCAGGACAAGGAGUUUGCUGCAGUGCUACAGGAGGAGCCACUGCAGCCCCUGGCCCUGGAGCCUCUGACAGAGGAGGAGCAGAGAAACUUCUCCCUGUCAGUGAACAGUGUGGCUGUGCUGAGGCUGAUGGGGAAAGGGGCUGGCCCCCCCCUGGCUGGCACCUCCCGUGGCAGGGGCAGUACACGGAGCCGAGGCCGUGGUCGUGGUGACAGUUCCUUUUACCAAAGAAGCAUUGAAGAAGGCGAUGGGGCAUUUGGGCGAAACCCUCGGGAGAUCCAGCGUAGCCAGAGCUGGGAUGACAGAGGUGAAAGGCGGUUUGAGAAGUCAGCAAGGCGAGAUGGAGCACGGUCAGGGUUUGAGGAGGGAGGUGCUGGCCCUAGGAAGGAACAUGCCCGCUCAGAUAGCGAGAACUGGCGUUCUCUACGAGAGGAGCAAGAGGAAGAGGAGGAGGGCAGCUGGAGACUUGGGGCAGGCCCCCGGCGAGAUGGCGAUCGCUGGCGCUCAGCCAGCCCUGAUGGCGGCCCCCGUUCUGCCGGCUGGCGGGAACAUGGGGACCGGCGGCGCAAGUUUGACUUUGAUUUGCGAGCGGAUCGCGGAGGGUGUGGAGAAGACGAGGGACGGGGUGGAGGAGGCAGCUCUCACCUCCGGAGGAGCCGAGGGGCUGAAGGCUUUGAUGAUGACAAGGAUGGGCUCCCAGAAUGGUGCCUAGAUGACGAGGAUGAAGAAAUGGGCACCUUUGAUGCUUCUGGGGCCUUCUUGCCUCUCAAGAAGGGUCCCAAAGAGCCCAUUCCUGAGGAGCAGGAGCUUGACUUCCAGGGUUUGGAAGAAGAAGAGGAAGAGCCUUCAGAAGGGUUGGAGGAGGAGGGGCCUGAGACAGGUGGGAAGGAACUGACCCCACUGCCGUCUCAGGAGGAGAAGUCCAGCUCUCCGUCCCCACUGCCCACCCUGGGCCCACUCUGGGGGACUAAUGGGGACAGUGAUGAAGCUGUGGAGAAAGAGCUCCCAGCGGCUGAAGGAGAUGAGUUGAGAGGAAUCCAGCUGAGUCCUGGGGUGGGCUCCCCCCCUGGCCCACCUGGAGACCUGGAAGAUGAUGAAGGCUUAAAGCAUCUGCAACAGGAGGCAGAGAAGCUGGUGGCCUCCCUGCAGGACAGCUCCCUGGAGGAAGAGCAGUUCACCGCCGCCAUGCAGACCCAGGGCCUACGCCACUCUGCAGCCGCCACUGCCCUCCCCCUUAGCCAUGGAGCUGCCCGGAAGUGGUUCUACAAGGACCCGCAGGGGGAAAUCCAAGGGCCCUUCACAACACAGGAGAUGGCAGAAUGGUUCCAGGCUGGCUAUUUCUCCAUGUCACUGCUCGUGAAAAGGGGUUGUGAUGAGGGCUUCCAGCCUCUGGGUGAAGUGAUCAAGAUGUGGGGUCGUGUGCCCUUUGCCCCAGGGCCCUCACCACCCCCACUGCUGGGAAACAUGGACCAGGAGCGGUUGAAGAAGCAACAGGAGCUGGCAGCGGCGGCCUUGUACCAGCAGCUGCAGCACCAGCAGUUUCUUCAGCUAGUCAGCAGCCGCCAAGUCCCACAGUGUGCGCUCCGUGAAAAGGCAGCUAUGGGGGACCUGACGCCGCCGCAGCAGCAGCAGCUCACGGCGUUUCUGCAGCAGCUCCAGGCUCUCAAAACCCCCAGAGGUGGAGACCAGAAUCUGCUCCCGACGAUGAGCCGGUCCUUGUCGGUGCCGGAUUCGGGCCCCCUCUGGGAUGUACAUACCUCAGCCUCAUCACAGUCAGGUGGUGAGGCCAGUCUUUGGGACAUACCAAUUAACUCUUCGACUCAGGGUCCAAUUCUAGAACAACUCCAACUGCAGCAUAAGUUCCAGGAGCGCAGAGAAGUGGAGCUCAGGGCGAAGCGGGAGGAGGAGGAGCGGAAGCGCCGGGAGGAAAAGCGCCGCCAGCAACAGCAGCAGCAGGAAGAGCAGAAGCGCCGGCAGGAGGAGGAGGAGCUGUUUCGGCGCAAACAGGUGCGGCAGCAGGAGCUGUUGCUGAAGCUGCUGCAGCAGCAGCAGGCUGCAGCUGCAGUCCCUGUACCCCCUGCACCCAGCUCCCCGCCCCCACUCUGGGCUGGCCUGGCCAAGCAGGGCGUUUCCAUGAAGACAUUGCUCGAGCUGCAGCUGGAGGGCGAGCGGCAACUGCACAAGCAGCCACCUCCACGGGAGUCGUCCCGGGCCCAAGCCCCCAACCACCGUGUGCAGCUUGGGGGCCUGGGCGCUGCUCCCCUGAACCAGUGGGUAUCUGAGGCUGGGCCGCUGUGGGGCGGACCCGACAAGAGUGGGGGCGGCGGCAGCAGCCUGGGGCUCUGGGAAGACACCCUCAAGAGCAGCGGGAACCUGGCCCGUGGCCUGAAGAACAGUCGGAGUAGCCCAUCUCUCAGUGACUCCUAUAGCCACCUAUCAGGUCGGCCUGUUCGAAAAAAGACUGAGGAAGAAGAGAAGCUACUGAGGCUGCUACAGGGUAUCCCCAGGCCCCAGGAUGGCUUCACCCAGUGGUGUGAGCAGAUGCUGCACACGCUGAGCACCACAGGCAGCCUGGAUGUGCCCAUGGCUGUAGCGAUCCUCAAGGAGGUGGAAUCCCCCUAUGAUGUCCAUGAUUAUAUCCGUUCCUGUUUGGGGGACACGCUGGAAGCCAAAGAAUUUGCCAAACAAUUCCUAGAGCGGAGGGCCAAGCAGAAAGCCAGCCAACAACGGCAGCAGCAGCAGCAGAAAGCCAGCCAACAACGGCAGCAGCAGCAGGAGGCUUGGCUGAGCAGCGCUUCCCUACAGACAGCCUUUCAGGCCAACCACAGCACCAAACUCGGCCCUGGGGAGGGCAGCAAGGCCAAGAGGCGGGCACUGAUGCUGCACUCGGACCCCAGCAUCUUGGGGUACUCCCUGCACGGAUCUUCUGGUGAGAUCGAGAGCGUGGAUGACUACUGACCAGCCCGUCCCACCAGUCCCCAGGGCUGUAGUCCCGGGGCAACAGCAACAGCUUGGACCCAAGGGUCCCCAGCCUGCAGGUUCCCCACAGGAGCCCAGGAGGAAGUGGGGCAGGGUCCCCAGCACUUGUUACAAACCACACGAUGCACCUUAAUUCACCCACCACGAGGCACUUUACAGAUUGGGGGGGGAAGGGUUUUUAUUUUCUUUUUCUUUUUCUUUUCUUUUUUUUUUUUUUAAUUAAUUUUAAAUGACUUUGAAUAAUAUGUUAGGAGAGAAAAAAAAUGUUAAAAACUAGACUCUAAACACCCCUCCCUCUCUGGGGAGAGUAGGUGUGACAAUGGAAGGUCCGCAGAGGUUUUUUUGUUUUUGGUUUUUUUUUUUGUUUUUUUAAGAAAAAAGAUGAAAAAUAAUGAAAAAAAUGGUUAGGAGGCUGAAAGAAAAACACACUGUUAUUUUGGGGCAGUGGGGACACAGGCCCCAUGGACCUGUCCUGCCUGGCCCCCAAGGCUGCACUUACCCUCCUGCCCCCAUAAGGUGGGCCUUUGGGGUAACUGGAAGCUGGGGUCCAGCAGUUUGCACAGCGAGGCCCCCUCUGAGCCCCGCCUGCCGGACCCGCUGUGAACAGCCCCCUGUGGCUGUGACUAUGGCAGAGGUGUCUGGGGUGGGGCCAAAGUAGCCCCUCGGCUUUGCUGCUUUGGGGAAAGUUGCACAAAUUGGAUGAGCCGCCUCAGCUCCCAGGCCACCACCCUGCUGGUGGGUGGGAGGGGCCAGGUCAGUGCCAACCUCAUCUGGCCAUGGGGAGGACGGCAGGACUGUGACGCUGGCCCUGGUGGGGGGCUUCCCCCACCGCUGCCAUUUGGGGGGACAGCCUGGGUGUGAAGCUGAAAGCCCCGGCUCCCUGCCUUGCCACAUGAAUGUAUUCUUUGGGCCACAAGCCCCCGCCUCACCCCUGCCUCACCCCUGUGAGAGGUGGGGAUGGAGAGAUUCCUCCAGGAGCUGGAGAGAGAGAGACCAUAAUGGACUGAGUUCUCCUGUGAAGGGGGCGAGAGGAGGGGCCUCGAUGGUGAGGAGUGGGCAGCCUGGAGCUUGGGGUUGCAUACCGGUGGAGGGGGUGAUGUUACAAAGAAGCCCCCCAACUGCAGCCAGCUGUGUGGGUGUGGACCACCCAGCUCUGCACCUGACCCCUCCAUUGACCAAAUGGGAGAGCUGAAUGAAUGGCCUCUCCCCACAAUGCGUCUUUUAAUGUUGGGUAAGGUUGGGGUCAAGAAUGGAAGUGUCUGUGUCUCCUGGGUCAGGGGUAGGCUGCCCCUUCUAUUGCUCACUGACUUACGAUUCCUAGUCCCCUACCUGGGUUUGUCUCCAUCCGUUUUUGUUUUCGUAAUAGUUUUUUUUGGGUUUCUCAUCUAACUUCUCCCAUCGACCUCAUUGCUCAGAGUGCAGUAUUAGGGCAAGAUUCUGCCACUGCCUCCCCUCCAUGAAUGUAUUUCUCCUUCCUGCCCUGGGGAAAUGGGGAGUGGUCCCGGUUUCUUUCCCCAUCUAUCCCCAGAGAGAUGACUUUGUGUUUUUUUUUUUUUUUGGGGGGGGGUUUGUUUUGCACCAAAGUGGCAAUUGGGUCAGUGUUGGGGGAUAAAGCUGGCCUCAGGGGUGGAAGGGCCCCUCCACCUGCUUCUCCCUGGUUUCGACAGUGUUAGCGUCCGUGAAAAGACAAUAUUCUCUCUAAAGCAAUAAGGGGGUGAUGGGCCAGGGGGAAAGGUCUUGCUGCUGCUGGCCCCCCAGCUCCCCCUUCUCUCUCUCUCUUUCUCUUUCUCUCUCUCUCUCUCUCGCCAAACACUGGCAGCAUUAGAGUUGUGGGGGAGACUCCUGUUGUGACUGAAUGUAAUGCCCCCACCCCUGCCGCAGCCAGUGCAGGGGAGGGGGAGACACUUCCUGUCUCUUCCUGCCCCUUCUCCCCCAGCUAAAGAGACUUUGAAUUUAGGGGGCCCAUGAGCCUGGAGAGGCCUUAACCCUGUGAGGAAGUGUAGGGGAGCCCUCUCCCACCCCCAUCCCCUUCUGAGAGUGGUCAAUGUUUACAAGCCCCUGAGCCCCCCAGCCCAGGGACUCAGACCUGUUUGCUGUCCUUUCCCAGUCCCCGUUCUCCUGUGCCCUUACUCCAUCUCUUUUGGGGUUGGGAUGGGUGCAGGGGACAGUCUGUGUUCCCACAUCUGCCUUGUACCCACAUUCUUCCCCACUCCACCUCCACCCCAUGUGACUACCCUUUCUUUUACCUGCCCCUGUAAAUACUCCUCCCUCCCAAUAAAACUUGGUGUGUGUUCUCCC